AUGGGAAGUGCAGAUCUGCAUUGCAACAGAGAGUUUUCCACACCAAGGAAAUCCCAGAAAGAAUUUGUCCUAACGGGGUUCCCUGUGGGGCCCAAGCUGCAGAUUGUCCUUUUCUUCACCUUUCUGACUCUCUACCUCAUCACCAUCGGUGGCAAUCUGGGGAUGAUCUUUCUAAUCCAGAGUGACCUGCGUCUCCAGACUCCCAUGUACUUCUUCCUCAGCCAUCUCUCCUUCUUGGAUAUGUGCUAUUCCUCUGUCAUUAUCCCUCAGAUGCUCGGGACCUUGAAGACCGGUGGGACCCUAAUCACCUAUGAGCGCUGUGCCACGCAAUACUUCUUCUUCACCCUCUGUGCCAGCACCGAGUGCUUCUUGUUGGCCGUGAUGGCCUAUGACCGCUACGUGGCCGUAUGUAACCCCCUCCUCUAUGUCACAGCCAUGACUCCACAAACCCGACUUGGACUGGUGAUGGGAGCUUAUUCUGGGGCCAUGGUCAAUACCGUAAUCCGCACAGGUAUGACUUUCUCCAUUUCUUUCUGCAAAUCCAAUCAGGUGGACUUCUUCUUCUGUGACUUACCCCCAUUGCUGAAGCUCUCAUGCGUAGAAACUGGACCCCAGGAGCUGGUCAUUUUCCUCUUUGCCUUCUUAGUGAUCAUGAUUAACGUGAGCAUCAUUCUCAUCUCCUACCUGUUCAUCAUCAGGGUGAUCCUACGCAUCCCUUCUGCUGGUGGACGGGCCAAGACAUUUUCCACCUGUGCCUCCCACAUGACCGCAGUCGCCCUCUUCUUUGGGACCCUCAUCUUCAUGUAUCUACGGAGUAAUGCGGUCACAUCUCUGGAGGAGGAUAAAAUUGUGUCUGUGUUCUACACGGUGGUUAUUCCUAUGAUGAACCCCAUUAUCUACAGUUUGAGAAACAAAGAGGUGAAGGAGGCUGUGAAGAAAAUAUUCAGGCGAGUGAAGAUCUCGCAAGCAAUGUGA